UUUUUGUUGGAAUUGAUGCUUUUCUUCACCGAAUUAUAUUGAUAUUCAACUACCUAUAUAAAGUGGGUUUCAAUAUUAAAAAUAUUCAUUCUCACAAUGAUUUCUAUCGAAAUAUCCACGUUAAUUUUAGUGCUUCUUGCGAUGUGUAAUGGUGAUGGGAAUAUGGGACGAAGGCAUGAAGAAAAAAGAAAAGCGUUCAGGGAAUGUAAAAAUGAACACGGAUAUACCGACGAAAUGGCAACCAAAUUACAGAAGGAAUACCCAGACAAUCGUUUCAAACCUGAAGAUGUUCCUAAACAAUUUUUAUGCACAAUGAAAUGUGUAGAUGAAAAAAUUGGGAAACUGAAGAACGGUAAAUACGAGAUUGAUGAUAUAGGGAAGAAUAAAUUCUUCAUGAGCUCCCUGAAAACACCUGAGGAAUACCUGAAGUGCUUGGAAAAAAUUGACGAAGUGAAGGAAUGUGAGGAUUACAAGAAAAAAAUGAAAUGUGACUAUGAAAACGGUGACACACACAUGAGGGAAUGUUCCACCAAAUUCAAGGUCAACGUGCAGAACAUGGCUGAGGCUUCAGGAGAAAAAGGCAGUAGAAAUAAGAACCACAAGUGUUUUCACAAAUGUGUUCUCGAAAGCAAAGGUAUCAUCUCUAAAGACGGAAAAAUAGCGGUUGAUGUAGCUGAAAAGGAUGUUGGUCUUAUGUGGAGGGUGAAGGAAGCGGACCAAUUCUUGAACUGUCUGAAAAACGUGGAAAUAAAAGAUUGCGAGGAUAUUUCUAAAAUAUGGUCUUGCAGGAAAAACGAAUAGAUUAUGCUUAUCUUGUUUUAUGGAAAUAUUUCAGUGAAAAUAAAAUGUAACAAAUGUAA